CCUCGCCACCGCCGCCCUUCAGCCCCGGCAGCGUCUAUGUCCCGCCAUCGCGGCACCAGCCCAACCCCUUCAAGGACGGAGGCGAGGCGCACGAGCUUGCUGAACGGCGGUAGUGCGCUACUCGUGUCCCGUGCGCGGUAGUGCGGUUUCUUCGUGCUUUUGCAUUUCUUUUUCUUUUUGGUUUCUCUGGAAAAGGGCUGCGAGGCCUUUCUUGAUGGCUGCCCUUGUUUUUUUACAGACGGUCGUGGUUUGUUUGCUGCUGUUGGUGUUGCUGUUGCUUGUUUACCACAAAAUGAUACCCCCAGGCUGGAGUUGUUUCUUUGGGCCGAUACCUAGCGGAGGGAAGAAGAAGAGGGAGAAGAGAGGGAAGGACGAGGAAAAGAACGAAAGAAAGAUAGCAGGAAAGAAGAAGAAGAGAAGAGGCGAAGGAAAGGAAGGGAAAGGAAAGGAAAGAAAAGAGAAGGAAACUAAAAAGUUAGACCAGAGACGGCCGCCGCAUUGCAUUUCAUCAAGAAGUUGAGCACUAAACC